AUGCCAACAACUUAUGUACCAAUAAACCAGUCAAUUGAAGAUGAUGAAGAUGGCAUUGAAACCAGUAGAUUCACUAAUAUUCCAGAAACCCAAAACUUUGACCAAUUUGUUACAAUUGACAAGAUUGCAGAGGCAAAUAGACCGUUAUCAAUAGACUCUGAUAGGGACUUUCUUAAUUCAAAAUACCAGCAUUAUCGAGAGGUCAUAUGGGACCGUGCGAAGACAUUUAUCACAUUGAGUACCACAGCCAUUGUCAUUGGCUGUAUAGCCGGUUUUUUGCAGGUUUUCACGGAGACUUUGGUUAAUUGGAAAACAGGUCAUUGUCGAAGGAACUGGUUAUUGAAUAAAUCAUUCUGUUGUAGCAAUGUAGUCAAUGAAGUUAGUUCGGCAAGCAAUGCGCUACUGAAAAGACAAGAAUUUGAAUGCGAAGCACAAGGAGUUUGGACAAAUUGGAGUGGUCAUAUCUUCCCUUUCAUUAUCUUCAUGGUUUUGUCGGUCUUAUUUGCCCUUAUUAGUACAUUGUUGGUAAAAUAUGUUGCUCCUAUGGCCACUGGUUCAGGGAUCUCUGAGAUUAAGGUAUGGGUAUCUGGCUUUGAGUACAAUAAAGACUUUCUAGGUUUGUUGACAUUGGUUGUGAAGAGUGUUGCUCUUCCUUUGGCGAUUUCCUCGGGGUUGAGCGUAGGAAAAGAAGGACCGUCGGUUCAUUAUGCAACCUGUUGUGGUUUUUUGUUUACAAAAUGGUUACUUAGAGAUACCCUAACAUAUUCUACACAAUACGAGUACUUAACGGCGGCUAGUGGAGCAGGUGUUGCAGUUGCCUUUGGUGCUCCUAUCGGUGGUGUACUUUUUGGUUUAGAAGAGAUUGCCUCUGCUAAUAGAUUUAACUCCUCUACCUUAUGGAAAUCUUAUUACGUUGCCUUGGUAGCUAUAACUACUUUGAAAUGUAUUGAUCCAUUCAGAAACGGUAGGGUUAUUCUCUUUAAUGUAACGUACGACAGAGAUUGGAAAGUACAGGAGAUUCCCAUUUUCAUAGCCUUAGGAGUUUUUGGUGGUUUGUAUGGAAAAUACAUUAGUAAGUGGAACAUCAGCUUUAUUCAUUUUCGCAAAAUGUACUUAUCUUCAUGGCCAGUUCAAGAAGUGCUUUUUUUAGCGACACUCACUGCUUUCAUUUCUUAUUUUAAUGAAUUCUUGAAAUUAGACAUGACAGAAAGUAUGGGCAUAUUAUUUCAUGAGUGUGUCAAAAACGACAAUACAUCGACCUUUGGACACAGGUUGUGCCAAUUAGACGAGAAUACGCACGCUUUUGAGUUUUUAAAGAUUUUUACCUCACUGUGUUUUGCCACUGUUAUCAGGGCAUUAUUGGUGGUGGUGUCCUAUGGCGCUAGGGUUCCAGCGGGUAUUUUUGUUCCUUCUAUGGCCGUUGGUGCCACUUUUGGACGUGCAGUCAGUUUGCUGGUAGAAAGAUUUAUUAGCGGUCCUGCCGUUAUUACUCCUGGUGCUUAUGCUUUUUUGGGGGCCGCUGCCACAUUAAGUGGGAUAACUAACUUGACUCUAACCGUCGUGGUAAUAAUGUUCGAACUGACCGGUGCCUUUAUGUACAUUAUACCCGUUAUGAUCGUAGUUGCAAUAACAAGGAUAAUUCUAAGCACCUCAGGCAUUUCUGGGGGUAUUGCCGAUCAAAUGAUUAUGGUCAAUGGUUUCCCAUAUUUAGAAGAUGAGCAAGAGGAUGAAUUCUUAGAGAAGUACACUGCAGAGCAAAUUAUGUCUUCAAAAUUGAUUACUAUUAAUGAAACAAUUUACCUCUCUGAAUUAGAGUCUUUGCUAUACGAUUCAGCGUCUGAAUUUUCCGUGCAUGGAUUUCCAAUAACAAGAGAUGAAGACAAGUUUGAAAAGGAAAAAAGAUGCAUUGGUUACGUUCUGAAAAGGCACUUGGCCAGUAAAAUAAUGAUGCAAAGUGCAAACAGUAGUAAAGCUCAAACAACUUUGGUAUACUUCAACAAAACCAACGAUGACCUAGGCCAUCGUGAAAACUGCAUAGGAUUUAAAGACAUUAUGAACACAUCCCCCAUCACCGUAAAACCGGAGGUAUCGACGUCUUUGUUAUUUCGUAUGUUUAAAGAACUAGGUUGUAAAACAAUUAUAGUUGAGGAAAGUGGAAUACUAAAAGGUUUAGUUACUGCUAAAGAUAUUUUGAGGUUUGAAAGAACGAAGUAUAGAGAAAUUCAUGGCGCAAAAUUCACAUAUAACGAAGCGCUGGAUAGAAGGUGCUGGUCUGUCAUCCAUUUUAUAACCGAAAGAUUCUCUUACAACCGAAAUAAUAACAGUAUUUAA